GGCGGCGGCGGCGGCGGCUCCCCCCAUUCACUCACCCACCACCCCCCCAGCCAGCCGGCUCCUGCCCCGGCCCGGCCAUGUCCUCGGCCAAGCAGCGAGGCUCCAAGGGCGGCCAGGGCUCGUCCGCCCCCUCCGAGAAGGGCGCCCACCCGGCGGGCGGCCCCGAUGACGUGGCAAAGAGGCAGCAGCAGCCGCAGUCCGAGCAGCAGCCCAGGCAGCCCCAGCAGCAGCAGCCCAAGCAGUCACCCCAGCCAGGCAAGCAGUCACAGUCCCACCCCAAAGGCAGCAAUAGGGGAGGUGGAGGUGGUGGUGGGAAAUCCUCAGUGGGUUCCCCAGCCUCCUCCUCUUCCUCCUUCUUUGGCCAGCUGGCAAAGGUUCUCAACUUUCUCUUCUACCUCACCCUCAUCGCCGGGGCCGGCCUCCAGGGGGCCCAUAACGUUUUGGAACAUCAAAUCCGCCCAAAGAGGGGCUUCACCAGGCAGAGAGAGGAGCUGGGCCAGGGCUUGCAAGGCGUCAUGCACAAGGUCCAGUCUUUGCAGUCUACUUUCGUGAGUUUUGAGUCCAUCUUGAAAAACUCCCAACAGAAGCAAGAGCUGACGGAGAAAGCCAUCAAGCAAGGGGAGAACGAGAUCAAUCGUAUCAGUGAGGUGCUGCAGAAAUUGCAGAACGAGAUCCUGAAGGACCUUUCGGACGGCAUCCACGUAGUCAAGGAUGCCAGGGAGAAGGAUUUCAACUCCUUGGAGCACACCGUGGAAGAGAGACUCACAGAGCUCACCAGGUCCAUCAACGAGAACAUUGCCAUAUUCACCGAUGUCCAGAAGAGGAGUCAGAAGGAAAUCAAUGAGGUGAAGGCCAAGAUCGCCUCCCUGGAGGAGACAGAUUGGUACAAAGAUGACCUGAAGGCACUGAGGAACGUGGUGGAUGGACUUCAGACCUCCGUCAAAUCCAGAGAAAAGGACAUCGAGUCUUUGAAAAGUUCCUUGGAGAACAUGGAAUCUGAUGUCUACACUGAAGUCAAAGAGUUGGUGAAUUUGAAACAGGAGCAGGAAAAGUUCAGGGAGGCUGCUGAUAACGAACAUCUCACUUUGCAGUCCCUGAGGGAGAAAAUUCUUCAGGCGGAGGCUUCCUUGUCCCAUCUCCCCAAUGAGAUAAAGAGACUGGAAGAAGACGUCCGCCAGGUCAAAGCGAGCUCCAGCCAGCAAGAAGAGAACGAUGUUUUCAGGAACACAGAUGCCUUGGGCUCCCUUCAGAGGAGGAGUGAUGAUUUGGAAUCCAGGUUUGAGCACCUGGAAGGCAGCCUCCAGGCCAUCCAGACGGCCUCUUCUCACCAGACGGAAACUCUGGAAUCCCUUCUUUCCCGGAGCCAGGAGCAUGAGCAUCAGCUGGCCAGCCUCCAGGAGCACCUUGAAGGCAUCACAGCUUCCCAUGGGCUGUUGGAUGCGGAUAAAGAGGGCCUGGGGAGCACGGUGAGGAGCCUGGGGGAGGCCCAGCUCUCCCUGUUCAAUGAUGUGGAGGAGCUGAAGAGGAGCGUGAGCGAGCUUCCCAGCGCCGUGGACUCCCUGGAGAAGGUGCAGAAGCAGGUCCGCACUCUGCUUGACAAAGCCCAAGGGGACGCUUCUGUCCCUCCUGACUAUCUAGAAAAACUGGCGACGGUGGAUGACCUGAGGUCCUCCUUAAGCCAGCUGGAAUCAGACCUAAAAAUGGUUAGGACUGCCGUGGACAGUCUGGUCGCCUACUCGGUGAAAAUCGAAACCAAUGAGAAUAAUUUAGAGUCGACGAAAAGUUUAUUGGAUGACCUGAGGAGCGAUCUGGAUCGACUGUUUGUGAAAGUGGAGAAAAUUCAUGAAAACGUCUAAAUGAGUUAUCGAUGCUGGUGUGGAAUUUCAAAGUCCCCUCCCUCCCCAUUCCUCACCGUCUCUCAUGGCCAAAAAAAAAAAAAGAUUCAUCCCUCUUUGUAACGAGCAAUAGACACUCAUGGAAGCGCCCAGGUAUUCUCCCAUGCCCCCUUGCCAACUCAUUUAAUUUAUUUGCCAUUGUUAGGCUAAACCUGUGAAAACAGGGCUAUGGCUGCUUUGUUAUUUUUGUAUCGACUUCUGGCUUUCUCCCUGAAAGACCCCCAUUUUCAGGAAUCCGAGGUUCCUUCUAAAAGGAUGUUUCAAAACAUCACAGAAGGACGAGGAUUGAUUUCAGGAUCAACAGGAACGGGUUAGCAUCAUUAGCCUCAAAAGGGCCGCCUUGGCCACCAUUUUUUACUCGAGUAAUAAUAAAAGGAUGUUCCUUAAAAUUGUCCUUAAGGAAAAUAAAUUUAUUUUUCUUUUUUUGAUGGGGGAAGGCUCCCAAGUUUUCCAUGAGAUGUCAAUCACUUAUAGUCUUCCACUUAUAAACUGGCUGGAAACCAGAAACAUCAGCACAAUUUAGGGGGGGAAAAAAAGUAUACCAAUUCCUAGUGUUGUGUUUUUUUUUUUAAAGUACUUUACCAUAGUCCUUCCCAUAGGUGCUUUCUCAUAGUUUCUCUUUCAUCCCUUUUCUUCCCACCCCCAUUCUAUACAUCCUCUAGUGAUAUCCAAGGUAACUAUGCAAGACUCGGAAGGCUCCGAAUGCCAAGAUGGGGCAUCCACACUGAGUAAUCCUGAGCCCACUUGUGCCAAAUCUUUAGUUGGGUCAUCAGAUAACUCUCUAGACUUAGUAGCCCAGAACAGGGGUCUGAUAUAUUCUUGAAUCAUAUCCCAGGAGCAGCACAGCGGAAUGGGGCGUCCCCUCAGGUAUGCAGACCAAAUGUCUAUAACCUAUUUUUUUUUUUUAACGUUUUUUUAAAAAAAUGAUACUCAUGGGGAUCUCCUAAUAAGUAGAUUCCCGUCUGUCAGUGGGAAAAAAAAAAAGUAUGCACUGCAUUUCAUGUCAUUGUUUGCUCUGUCCCCAUCCCCGAGCUGCCCUGUUCCUGAUGGUCUGUCCUGUCCUGUUCUUUAAAGCCAUUUGUUUUUUCUCCAUUUGGAGUAAUUUCAGACGUUCGUUUAGUUGACUGUGAAAUGAACUGUAUGGCUUCUUUACAGUAUUUUUAAUUCUUAAUAAACACUUUGGAGCUUUGUA